GGGAUACGCCUAGGAUUGUGUGGGACUGCGGAGAAAUGGCCAACUCUAAGAACGAGUACAUUCGGGCGCCCACCUGCGCCUCCGGUUCAGAAAUUAUCUACGCCUGGGCUAUGGAUGCGCCCGCACUUGUCCUACCAGAAGGCGUUGGUUUUAAGGUCGGCGGCGAUACAGGUGUCAACUAUUUGGUCCUUCAGGUCCAUUACGCUCACGUCGACAAGUUUUUAAACGGAGCUUUUGAUAACUCUGGCAUUAUUUUGAAGCUUUUACCACAGAAUACACAAAAGGUCAACAAAAGAGCCGGAGUUCUACUAUUAGGCACCGGAGGAUCGAUUCCAAAUAAAUCAAUUGAGCAUAUGGAGACCGCCUGUACUAUAGACGAGCCGUUAGAGUUACAUCCGUUUGCAUUCCGUACGCACACACAUAAACUC